CAUUUGAUUAACUGUCAUGGAGUAUUCCAUAGUAUAAAUAUAUUACAGUUUAUUUAGCCAUUGCCUUGCUGAUAGAGCUGUAUCUAGAAUUUUUUAAAGAAUUUAUUGCUUCUCGUUGAAUGAUUACAGUGUCUUGCAUAGCUGGGCAAAGGACUCAUAAGAAUCCUAGCAAAACCUUGUUUGACAAGUUCAUCCGACUGUAUAGAUGAGUGUUGUUCAUCAGAGUGAACUGAAGUGUUACACUGCAGAUCAAAAAUUAGCAUCACCAAAAGUGGCAUUUCUUUCACUCUUUCUUAGAAAAGGAAACAUCCAGAAAGACCAGUAUGGUCAGAGGCCAAGUGUGAACCUAAGUCGAAUGGAGAGUGAGCCAGGCAGAUCCAGCAGCCUUAGAGGGGCGUGGCAGCCUUGCUGAGUACAUGAUACACAACAUAAUAAUUACGGUGGUCCCCAAGUUACAUGCAAUCAGCCUGAUCAUAUGACCUGGUUUUGGUAAUACUCUCAUGUUAACCAAAAAUUUUUUAAAUAGGUUUUGUUAUAUCAUAGAGUUAAAAAAAAAAAACUGCUUUCUAAUUCCUUAAAUUUCUUAAGAAAUUUAAGAUUGCAGUAACGAUGCUAGAUUUGCUUUUGGAGCAGUGUUUUGAGUGUUUCUCAUAUAGUCAGCAUGUGGGUGACAUUUAGACCUAAGCUUGGCUUAUACAAGCAUGAUUCAUAAGAACAUAUCAGAUGGUGACAGCAGAGAAUCUUCCUUGGUACUUAGAGGGGAGCAGCUUCACGGAGCCACACUGUUCCGGCUCCUGGAGGAAGUCAUACUGCAGAACUUCUGUUGGUUAAAAACAGUUUUUUUAAGAAACCCUUAAAGCCUGAACCCCCAGCUCUCAAUGACAGACAGUUUGGUCCUUCAAGAGAAACCUAUGGGGCGUUUUGGAGGCAUUCACAUAUGGUGGAAAAUUCAAGCCAGGCUGACCUCUAGCCAAAACCCUGCCAUUAUUUUACUCAUUGCUUUAAAAGCACAUGUGCAGUGAUAUCAAUUCAAAUAUGAACAUCCUCAUCAAAAAACAUCUCUAGUUGCCUGCCUCUUGGUGUGAAGGGAGCAUUAACUCCUCCAGGGAUUUCACGCUGCACACAGCUAGAUGAGUCUCCAGCCUCGACUACUGUGUUUGCAAACUUACCUAGAAUAUGCCUUUCAGAUGGUUAUAGACACAACAGGAAUGCAUCUAGGAAAUGUGAAGCCACUUCAGCAUCAAAUUCUGCGCAGUGUAGAUCCAUGUGUUUAUUUUAACAAAUUGCAAAUGAUAGUGAUAAUGAUGAUGGUGAUAUAGAGAGAUUUUGAAAAAUCUUUGUAGAAAUGUUGAGAAAUGUUUCCAAGGAAGACUAAUUAAGUCUCUAUAUUAUAAAACAAAGAAAUGAGAAACUGGCCAGUGGAUGCUUUCAAUAGAAUUUGAAUUUUUCACUUGUCUUUUUUUUCCCCCCUAAGUAGUCUAGAUUUAGAUUUGUGGGUUAGACUUUAUUUGUGCCUAUGAAAAGUGAUUAGCUCAAAACGUUCAUUUUUUUCUCCCAACCACAUAUAUGACAAGUGUCUAAGCUGUAUUUUUCCCUCUUUCAUUAUAAUAUAAUGUCAGGCUUGUGACAUAUGACAGCAGGUUUCACACUCCACUUAAUGAGAGGCUGUCAGUUCCUGGAGAAGGAAAAAGGAAGAUUAACAUAUAUUUCACUAAAAAGGAAAAUGUUAUUAAGCUGGUAAUAGUGAAGACUUGGUGUGCACCAGACAUUUCUUCGUUGCCCUAAGUGUAGCCACAUUUGCUAUGACUUAUCUGCGGGAUGACUCUAUCUACAACCCUUUGGUGCACAGUGAGAAAAUGUGCUUUGUAAAGGAUUUAGUAGUUGCUUUUUGUAAAGGAUUUAGUAGUUGCUUUCGUACAUAUUUACUAAAGGUCUACCAUGUAGGAGAUAAAAUGAUUUCAGAGGAUACAAAGACAGACUUCUACAUUCAGGUAGUUUUGUAGUUCGAGAGGAACCUAUUAAUGUCUCUUUCCCCUUUUUGCCUUGGAUUCCAGGAAGCUCAGAGAUAAAGCUAAUACAUAAUGUUAAUUCUCAGUUUGGUACCAUGCUUUAGGACCUCUCUUUCCUCUCUGUUAGACUGUCAUGUCAGUCCUCCAUGCGUGGGAGGUGAGAGAUAAAUGAUGAAAAAUUAAAGGGGAGGUAGAAAGAAUCAUAAUUAUCCUAAGUGGCAGAAUGUGUUAAGUGACAUGCGAAAGACAGAAGCGAAAUGUUCUGGAAGGUCAGACAGAGAGAAAUUGUAUCUGGUAUUGGCAUCUGGGGAGACUUCCUGGAGGAGGAAGGAGACUUUGAUACUGACUUUUCAGGUGUUUCAGCAGGUGGAGGCCUGGCAUGCUUAGGCAGCAGCUGAAAUAAAAACACAGAUGAGAGAUGCCAGGGCGCCACCUGGGACUCUCCAGAGAGAGAGAAAGAUCACAUGUAGCUUUUUGGCUCUCUGAGCAGCACCAUGGCGGUCGGCAAGAACAAGCACCUUAUGAAAGGCGGCAAAAAGGGAGCCAAGAAGAAAGUGGUUGAUCCAUUUUCUAAGAAAGAUUGGUAUGAUGUGAAAGCACCUGCUAUGUUCAAUAUAAGAAAUAUUGGAAAGACAUUAGUCACCAGGACCCAAGGAACCAAAAUUGCAUCUGAUGGCCUCAAGGGUCGAGUGUUUGAAGUUAGUCUUGCUGAUUUGCAGAAUGAUGAAGUUGCAUUUAGGAAAUUCAAGCUGAUUACUGAAGAUGUUCAGGGCAAAAACUGCCUGACUGACUUCCAUGGCGUGGAUCUUACCUGUGACAAAAUGUGCUCCACGGUCAAAAAAUGGCAGACAAUGAUUGAAGCUCAUGUUGAUGUCAAGACUACCGUUGGUUACUUGCUUCAUCUGUUCUGUGUUGGUUUUACUAAAAAACGCAACAAUCAGAUACAGAAGACCUCUUAUGCUCAGCACCAACAGGUCCGCCAAAUCCGGAAGAAGAUGAUGGAAAUCAUGACCCGAGAGGUGCAGACAAAUGACUUGAAAGAAGUGGUCAGUAAACUGCUCCCAGACAGCAUUGGGAAAGACAUAGAACAGGCUUGCCAGUCUGUUUAUCCUCUCCAUCAUGUCUUCGUUAGAAAAGUAAAAAUGCUGAAGAAGCCCAAGUUUGAAUUGGGAAAACUCAUGGAGCUUCAUGGUGAAGGCAGUAGUUCCCGAAAAGCCACUGGGGAUGAGACAGGUGCUAAAGUCGAACGAGCUGAUGCAUAUGAACCACCAGUCCAAGAAUCUGUUUAAAGUUCAGACUUAUAAUAGUGGCAAAUAAAAUGUCUUAUUUGUG